AUGGAGCUGGAGCGGCAUCGUCGUGUCCUUAGGAGUCUUAGUCGUCGCGAGCUGCAAGCUAGAGCAAAGGCCCUUGGCCUCCGAGCAAACGGCAAAAGCGUCGACAUCAUCGAGACAGUUGCCAAAGUGCUGUCAACGCCGAGCAGUCCUUUUAAGCCCACAGACACCGAUGUACAGGUACAGGUCGACAACAGCGAUGAUGCUGACGACCAAGAGAAUGACAAACUGUUGGGUGACCCCGGUUCACGUCUGAAGCUGGCUCAAUCCGUUGGCGUUGCCCAGCCUCCAAGUUUUCCGUCGGAACCGUGCACCAUGGACUGUUUGUGCGACAUUGACCAGGACAGUAAUCAGCCAUCACAGCUGGAGGCAAUGUCGGCUACUGUUGAGCCAGCGACAUCAGCUGGUCCAGUCGUAUCGGCCGGUAUGGUAUCUACCAUGGCAUCUGUGGCAGCAGGUGCCGGAACGGUGCCGGGCUCCUCUCUGGCGCUCUUUACCAAGACUUCACCCGAAGACCUGGCCGCGGGUACUUCUGCGGCCGCGUUAGCAGUUUCUUUAAGCAAUUUCCACUUCGGAUCGCAGCUGAAGUCCGCAUUGCCCGGGUCCACAUUAGCGCUACUCCGCCGUGACAUUCAUCAGUCGCCUUCAGGAAACAGCCAGUGCUCCCUGGCGGGGUCCCCACGCCAUGAUAUGGAAGGCGACGAUACGGUGUUCCCAGGAGAGAUCCUGAAGUCAUACAAGUCUGAGCCCCAGCAGGAUGAGCCAACGGCUCCACCCCAAGCAGAAGGCUGGGCGGCAUCCAUUGGGGAGCCUGCGCGACGCCUGGCCUUCAUGUCCAACCCCUUGCCUCUGCAAGUCAAUAACUCCAAGGAAGCAUCCACAAACGGCAAUACUUUGUGCGAUGGCGGUCGGCAAUCACCCACGGAAACUGGAAAUGGUACUUUUGAAGUCAUGGCUGAGCUUGGACAUCCCAACAGUGGUCAGAUGAGCAGUGCUGGGAACAAUGGCGGCAGCAACGCUCCAAACACACCGUUGUCGUUCGCGCCCGACGACUUUAACCCCAACACCAGCUGCAGCCAUAACAAGGAAGCUUCAUCGUCACCAAUCCAGCCUUCUGGCUCGCCUCAUCUAACCUUUGUUGCCGCAUCUGGCGCUGCUGUUGCUGCUGCGGGCUCAACCACACCCACCGUCGUGAAACAGGUUUCUGGUCCCUCUAGGCCCAUGCCUGAAUUUGUAACGGAACGCACCCCGCUGAGACAACAGCGUCUACUGGCAGUGCAGGUUCGGCCGCCAGGAGCGCCCACUGCAACACCGUCUGGCCGUGUGGCGGCAGUGCCACGCACGCCAGGCACUGGCAUCCGCACGCCCGCGCGACGGGUGCCUGUCUGCACGGACGAAGUAAAGGAGCGUGCGAUGGACGUGUGGGUCAUGCGAAACCUGGUCACACCGAGGGGACUCUCAACACCUGCUGAAGGCUUGCCGUGGGAUGAGCUAGCGGGUCUGCGAGAAGUUAAGCGGCGUCUCAAGACGCGCGGCAUCACUGUGGGCUCCAGCACGACUGGAAGCGCUGCAAAAGAGAACAAACGACCGAGAGGCGUUACCGAGCCGGCGGCGAGCGGCCAACAGCGCGCCGCAAAGUCCAACUGCCUGCCGAACGCGGCAGUACUGAUAGCCGGUCCGAGCGGCAACGGAAAGAGUCUUUUGGCACGUGCCCUGAGGUCGGAGCUGGACGCUGCAUACGUCCAUGUUCCGCCGAACCUUGUCGACCGCCUCGCACAGGACCCUGGAGGAGCUGAAGUCGUCCUACGCUCCGUAGCCAGGGUCGCGACACACCUUCCAGGGCCGGUCGUCGUGCAUAUCGAGGACGUCGACCGGCUAGCCAGCGUGGAGGCGACGCGACAGAGCCAGGAACGCCGCCGAUUGCGAGCAGAGCUGCUUGUGGCUGUGGACGAGCUGCUGCUGCAGCCACUGAUUAAGGUGUCCUCACCGGGCCAGGGCGGUGUGCGCAGCGCUUCGCCUGCUGCAUCGCCUGGCUACGCAACCGCCGCGGCACAUGCCGGCACGGGCGGCAACGGCAGUUCAACCAGGCCACGGUUCAAGGUUCUGGUGCUCACCACCACGAGCCGCCCCAUGGAUCUGGACGACUCCCUUGCUGCCAGCCUAGGUCGCACGGAUCGUCUACUGGCGGCACCUCCUGGGCCAGAUGAUCGCGAACGGUUUCUGGUCAGGCGCCUCGCUUCUGUGGGUGCUGCACUGGAUGUAGGACACGUUGAGAAUGUAGUGAGGCAGACAGAGGGCUUAAGCAUGGCGCAGCUUGCGGCAUUGUGUGACGAAGCAGUCAAGGCAGCGGCAGCCCGGCGGGCUUCGAGCCGAGCUGGCGAACCUGCGUCGCUGACCGUGGAGGAUCUCGCGGUAGCGAUGCGGCACCUAGGUCAGCAAGAUGCCGCGGACAACAUGGUCGAGCUGGAGCAGUGGCAUGUGCGCAUGAGUUCCAUGCCGAGUCGCUGGGCGCAGAUUGGCAUGUGA